GACAUCGCUGUCUUAACCUCUGCAACGCUUCUAAAGUCACUCACUUCGCUUUUGUAAUUCUCUCUCUGUGUCUCAAAUUCCGGGGCUCCGUGCCCCGAAUACGAAACCGAGCAAAACCCAACUCUGAUUUACUCCUAAUUGGUACUGGCCGGGUAUUUUCCAUCACUUUCCUGGGAAAAAAAAAGCAUAAAAGGAAAAAGUUUCAGGAGAAAUGUACUCAGCUAUUCGGUCGUUACCGUUGGAUGGAAGUGUAGGAGAUUAUGAAGGGUCGUUUGAUGGAACCAACUUGCCUAGCGAUGCUUGUUUGGUUUUAACAACGGAUCCCAAGCCUCGACUCCGUUGGACAGCUGAGCUCCAUGAACGUUUCGUCGAUGCUGUUACUCAACUUGGUGGCCCUGACAAAGCAACCCCAAAGACUAUUAUGAGAACAAUGGGAGUAAAAGGCCUUACCCUCUAUCACUUAAAAUCACACCUUCAGAAAUACCGGCUGGGGAAACAAUCUUGCAAGGAAUCAACUGAUAAUUCUAAGGAUGCUUCUUGUGUUGCAGAGAGUCAGGACACUGGUUCGUCUACAACAUCAUCAUCGAAACUGGUAGCGCAAGAUUUGAAUGAUGGUUACCAGGUUACUGAAGCUCUUAGAGUACAGAUGGAAGUGCAACGAAGACUACAUGAACAAUUAGAGGUACAGCGUCGUCUUCAACUUCGGAUUGAAGCACAAAGUAAAUACCUACAAACAAUACUUGAGAAAGCCUGUAAAGCUUUGAGCGAUCAUGUGGCUGCUUCUGCUGGUCUCGAAGCUGCCAGAGAAGAGCUUUCCGAACUGGGAAUCAAAAUUUCUAACGAUUUUCAAGGGAUGGUCCCUUUCGAUAACAUAAAAUUGCCUUCCUUACCCGAACUUCCUGCAGCUUUAGAGAACAAAGCUACUACUACCGGUAUGCCAGCCUGACUCGGUGACUGCUCUGUUGAUAGCUGCUUGACUUCUACUGAAAGUCCUGUUUCACAGACUGGUAUUACGAGGAAGAGACACAGGCCCUUGUUUGGUAAUGGUGACCCUUUGCCUUUAGAUGACAAUUUAAGGAAAGAAGUAGAGUGGGUGAUGCCUAAUAUUAGUUAAUUGGCAGAACAUUUCCAUCUUAGAAAUGCUACCUCGUUUCUCUUAUUAUUAUUAAUUAUUAUUUUGUCACACUCUAAAUAUAUUUUUCUCUUUUAUCACCUGCAUCAUGAAUGGUGUGUAUAUACUAAAAGCAGAUCCUUUUGAAUAUAGGGUUAAAUCUAAAACUUCCAAUUGCCUUCUCUAAGAAAA